AACUGCCAUGUACAACGGGGGUUAGUAGGGGCCCCAAUACCAAAUCUUUGCCCCAUAGCCUCCAAGGAGGUUAAUCCGGCCGUGCGUGAAAGGCACAAACUGGGGCUGAGACGCGGUAGAACAAAUCCAGCAGACGAUAUGAAACAGAAUCCCCCAGUAUGAAGAGAAAUUAGGAGGCUCACAUCAGUAUUUGAUGCACAGAUAAGAGAAGGUGCCGCCUGGCAGACUCGGCGCAGGGAGGUCGAUGCCCACACAAAUCCAUUGGAGACUUCCUGGUUAGCUUUGCUGGGUUUUGUUGUCCCGGCGCCCGCAGAGCUUUCUGGACCCGACAGAGGAGCGGGCCUGUUUCCAUUCUCGGUCCUCGGCCGGUGGGUCGCACACGGAUAAAAAAAAACGCCAGCGAACACGCCCGUCGACACCGAGGCGGCGGCGAGAGUGGGAGCCGAGCCGAGCCGAGCCGAGCCGCAGGGGCCGCGGAGAGCAGCAGUCCGGGGAUCAGUGAGGCUAGCUCGCACUGAGCUAUCAGGCGGAGCCGCGGGGGGGGGGGGACUCCCACUCUCACUUUUAGUCUGUUUUAACUUCGCGAGUCUCCGAACUUCGCGGAGACUUCGAGAAAACUCUCGUAGACAAGCCAGGAGGCUGCGAGCAUGUGGUUGGAGCCACGGGCCUUGUAGGAUGAAGAGCCCGGCGCACCGCACCAGGGACAUCGAGCGGCAAGCUGGCUACCUGAAGCCCGAGCACUGCGCCCCUCCCCCGCUCCGCACCAGCUCCGACACCAUGUGGUUCAUCCGCGACGGCUGCGGCAUCGUGUGCGGCAUCAUCACCUGGUUCCUGGUCUUCUACGCCGAGUUUGUGGUGGUGUUCGUCAUGCUGCUGCCUGCCAAGAACGUGGCCUAUAGCCUCUUCAACGGGGUGCUCUUCAACGGACUCGCCUUCCUCGCACUCGCCUCUCACGCCAGGGCUAUGUGCACAGACCCGGGAGCCGUGCCUAAAGGGAACGCUACCAAAGAAUUCAUCGAAAGCCUGCAGCUCAAACCAGGACAGGUGGUGUACAAAUGUCCCAAGUGCUGCAGCAUCAAGCCUGACAGAGCUCACCACUGCAGUGUGUGUAAACGCUGCAUCAAAAAGAUGGACCACCACUGUCCCUGGGUGAACAACUGUGUCGGCGAGAACAACCAGAAAUACUUUGUGCUCUUCACAAUGUACAUUGCACUAAUAUCCUUCCAUGCACUAGUCAUGGUGGCUUUCCAUUUUGUGCUCUGUUUUGAAGAAGACUGGACAAAGUGCAGUAACUUCUCUCCACCAGCAACCGUCAUCCUCCUCAUCCUCCUCUGCUUUGAGGGCCUCCUCUUUUUGAUCUUCACUGCAGUCAUGUUUGGGACUCAGGUUCACUCCAUUUGUACCGAUGAGACGGGUAUUGAGCAGCAAAAAGAGGAGAGAAGAUGGGCCAAAAAGUCUAAAUGGAUGAAUAUGAAAGUGGUGUUUGGCCAUCCGUUCUCUGUAGCCUGGCUGAGCCCGUUCGCAACACCCGACCACGGCAAGGCGGAGGUGUACCAGUACAUCGUGUGAAAGCUGGAAACUAAGCUGAGCUCUGCUGCUUUGGACUUAGACUGAUCAGUCCUGGUAUGCCCUCCUAUUGGCUGGACCUCAACGAGCAUGAACUCCUCGUAACCACUUACACAUUUUCUUUCAUUUAUUGAAAUUUCAGGGUAUUUCGUUGUGAGCUUUUACACUGUUUAUUUUUUUAAAAUAUUGUCACCUUCUUUACAUUUUAUAGUUUCUCUCUUGGUGCUUACUGAGAUCAAGGAGGUGUAGCUAUACUAAAAAAAAAAAAAUCUCGAACUCAACAGCGAAAGCUUCACAAGAAGCACUUAAUAAAAGUUGUUGAAACAACACCAAGAGACUAAGUUCUGCCUUCUCCGGAGUACAGUUUCCUGCAUCAUUUCCUGCUUCCAAGACUAAACAAUGUGAACUGAAGUCCAGAAUGUUUUCACACUAAGCAACACAGCCCGGGUGCCAAGCCGGUCACCUGGUUUUGUCAUCCUCUAGACAUCAUCCCUGUCACCUCUUGUAUUGCUGUAUUUCUGUCGAUGCAAAAGUUUUUUUGCUGGAUACUGCUGACGAUUUGCCUUAGAACCAGUGCAUUAGUGAACGGUGGCAUCUGCUAUUUUUUUUUUUUUUUUUUCCCCUAAUUCUGUUAUUUUGCCUUAAUGUGAGAGUCAGCAUUAGACAGGAUCACACUGGUUAAUAUUAUUUUAAAUGGGUUUGUCGUAUCCUUCUGCGAUGCCGGAUAAGUGGAUGUGUUCAGAGUAAACGUCAUCAAGUUUUCUUUUGAUUCACAUUGACUUGUUGUCUGCACCAAACCCCACCUGUCUGGCACGCUAAGAAAGUUUGAACAAAUCACGUGCAAGAGCAGUUUGAGCGUGUCCUUUUGUUUAGAGGAGCUAUUAGCCAAGCGUGGUCAAAAGGCUGUAGGAUAGAGAGCUGCAUUAGCCUCACAGUGGCCAGUUAAAGUUAUAAUCCUUAAGAUUUCAGUCGUGGUUGAUCUGGUGACACCUGUGGUUACUGAUGGUAGCAGCAAGUGCGGUUUAAUAUCACAGCAAGUGCUCGUUGAGCAGCUACUUUGUCAGAAACACAACAGAGGACCAACUGGUUGAUUUUAUUUACAGUGCAGCCUGACAAACUCAAAAGAAGCCAGUCAGUAAUUGGUUGUGUUACAUGAUGCCAUAAGCAACAGCGAUCUGAUUUCAUGCUGCACGUGGUGCGAGUAGUUUACCACACAACGGCAGGGCACAGUGAAAGGAGUUGGUUACCUUGCAUUGGAGUUUUCACCAGUAGCUCUUCAUCUAACAACUCACUGUAACUGGUCCCACUUAGUCAUUGCUGCUUGCUGUCCGUGCUAACUUUGGCAAAUAAUACAUUUUGUGUCCUGUGAUUGCUUCACAGCAGAAGUGACCCAGUGUUUUGCAAGUUGAGUGCUUUUAAUGUGAGGCGGCAGUAACUUAAUACAGCUUUGAUAAGGGGUUAGGAGGGCGAACAGUAAACAAUAGCAGAGUUUUCAUCCAAAUUUUGUACAUAUUUUAAAUGAAUUUCCAGAAAAACGCUAAAAGAAAAUGUGAAUUCACGCGUGUUUCCAUCCACUACUGUUAUUUGAAAUUUAGGAGUUGUUUCAUCGAGAAACAGUUGGUUUAUGUCUGCAGAAGAACAGUGUGCAAUGAAGAUGAUGUAUUUAACACAGCACCAGUCAAAACAUGAUGAAAAUGUUUUUAUCAUGUAUUAAUUUGAAGGACAGUUCCCUUAUUGCUCCGCACAAAUCAAAUUUUUUCCAUAUGCCACAAUUUUUGUCUCUUCAUCGGAUGUUUAAAGGUGCUAUAUGUAAGUUUUUGCUAUCGCUACAUAGCAAAAACUUACAUAUAGCAAGUUGGCUAUGUAGCUGUAGCUAUUGCUACAUAGCCAACAUUAGCAUUAACAGCUGUUUACUUACCUGUUUACUUACCAGUUUACUUACGCUGCGAGUUCAGCAUCAAACUUAAUUCCUGUACCUGCCAAGAGCUGUGUCCAGCGAUGGAAAGCAAAGCCAGUGUUUACUCUUGUUUUGCUUGUAUUUCUAUCACUUCUUUUCUUCUCCUGAAGUUGGCAUGCUAACCAGCUAGCACUGGCCCGGCCCAUCAUGUAACACCACUUUGCGAUAGUGAGUCACUGUAGCUUCCAGUCUGCACCUCAGUCCAACAUGAGAGGAUCAGGAAGUAGCGAUACUCAGAGGGAAUAUUCUAACCUCCUCUUGUAAACGCAACAAUGGCUGAAGCUCUUGGUAAGUAAACAGCUGUCACUGCUAACGUUGGCUAUGUAGAUAUAACAUCUUUAAAUGACAUAUUUCGUGUAAAUUGUGAUUUAUUCACAAAGUCUGUUUCCAUUGCACUUUGUCGCGUUUUGUUUCUAACUUUUUUUUGUUAACUUUUCCACCUCAGCCAAGUGCAAAAACGUUUGUGAUCUUUCAAGUUUUGUUUUCCAGACUUGCAGCAUUUCCACUAAGGUGAUUUUACACGCAGAUUGAAAAUGAAACAGGUGGAUGGAAAUGCACUUAGUGAGGCUGAUAUGAGUGAGAUAUAUUUAAAAACAGUAAUGCUGGAUGACAUGCUUACCUCAUUUUCUUUGAAUUCUUUGUGCGUGUGAAGGUAAAUUUGAAUCCAGUGCAGGAGUGACAGACUCCACCACUAACAACGAAAACUGUUUAUAGAAAGUUAAUUACUAAAUGUAAAUACAUUGAAUGGUUAUUGCUGAAAAAAAUGCAGAACGCAAAUAAUAUCAAAAAUUACUAUUUAUUUAUUUCAUGGCAGUCUUAAGGAUUAUAACUUUAAAAUCUGAGACUUGGCAGGUGAAGAAAGUCAUGAUUCUAGACCAAGAGGCAGACCGGCUUGUAUGAUUUUUGAAAGUGACACUUGACUUUUAAAAUCCACCAGGCAGUUUGACCGGUGUCUUUUUGCUCAUUUGACAAGUCUGUACCGUAAAUGUAGACGACCUCUUUGCUUGAUAACCGUCACAGUCACCAGCUCAGAUGGAAAGUCAGGGAAUAAAGCAAUUCACAUUUCUCUCUGAAUGCACUGACCCUAAGUGUAAUUCACUUGCUCUCCACUGAUGGAAUCUUCUUAUGGAUAAUCCAGUCGUAGAUUCGUGGUGACUGGAGGAGAAAAAAAGCCUUACAGGGUGAAGCGUUGAUUAAAAUUUAGCCCGGUGGGAAAACGUUCACUGAGGCCCAAAAGACUCAUGCUAGAUAUGCAUAUUUUAACUGUCGCAGCUGCGGACAACGCCAGGCCGCCCAAUGCGAAGAGACCAGAUUUUACCUGUGGUGACGAGAAUUUGAUGCAGAUAAGAAACAGGCCAAAUUACAGUUGAUUUAACACUAAAAAGGCCUUUGCCCAAAUGUGUUCGAAAGCCUUACUGUAGUAUAAAUCGUGCUUUUUGAAGAUGAUGAAAGAAUUUAUUAAAACAUAGCCUCCAUGUUGCCAAAUUGAAUGCUUAAUGAACGGAGGCAGCAAAGUAACCAUUUCAAGUAUAGAGCAUUACCGAGAAUGAAAUUUUCUUAGGCUUUUAAAAUCACCGGAGAUUUUUAAAAAAUGUUACGUUAAUGUGGUGAUGCAACAGUUGCUAUCCCGUUUACACAUACAGUACACCAGCUUUCUUCUUUUUCUAAAAUCGUUCAAUAUGUUGUGUGGUCAUGUAUGAAUACUAUUUGUAGUACCUGCUGUGGACCACAUGAUGAUUUUUUUGUUGGUUUUGACUGGUGUUUGUUUCAAGGGGAAUGAAAUAAAACUAUGUAAGUGACAAUGUUCCUUUAA